AUGACUACCGAAAAGUCCAGUAACGGCAAGUGCUUCGUUUACGUGGGCCUGGCAGGCGAGACCGCCCCCGGGAGAGUCAUAGCCAGCGGCCUGUACCGCAUGGCCAAGGGGGAUGACCGGUGGGAUCUGCUUGGCAACGGCCUUCCCGGGUCGCCCGCCAUCAGGGCCAUCGCAAUCCACCCCGAGCGGUCCAACACAGUGUUCGUCGGCACCCAGGACGGUCCAUACCGGACCGAGGACCACGGCGACCACUGGGAAAAGGUCAACGUGCCGGAUCACGGUCUGCCGGUGUGGUCGCUGCUCUUCCACCCCCGGGACCCCAACGUCAUGUUCGCUGGUUACGAAUCGUCGGAGAUAUACCGGAGCGACGAUGGUGGCGAGCGUUGGCAACAGCUUCCCGUGAGCGUCCGUUUCCCCGAGGUGACGGUGGGACCCGGCGCCAACCUGGCCAAGCGGGUGCUGCAGAUUGCCGGCGUCCCUGCCAACACCGAUGAGUUGUACGGCGCCAUCGAGGUUGGCGGGAUCAUUCGUACCCUGGAUGGCGGCGAACACUGGGAGCAGCUCAGCCACGGGCAGUACGUCAACGACGACCCGGUCGACAUGCACGGGGUGCUGGCCAGCACCUUCCGGCCCGGCAGUGUGCUUGGUAUUGGCCGUGCCGGUAUGUUCCGGAGCACCGACAAGGGCGACCACUGGGCCAGGGUCCAGCUGGACCCCUUGAACGAAAAGGGGCAGACCUACUGCCGCCAGAUCCGCGAGGUGCCCGGUGAUCCCAAGACCAUCUGGGUAGCCGCCGGCGCCAAUUUUAUGAGCGACCAUGGCGUGCUGUUCCGGAGCCGGGACGGCGGCGUGAGUUGGGACAGAGUGGACACCGGCUUCCAGCCCAAUAGCACGUUGUUCGGCCUCGCCUUCAACGAGCGUCACCCCAGCGACAUGUAUUGCGCCUCCAACAACGGACAGGUCUGGGGAAGCAGCGACAGCGGCGAGACCUGGACGGACCACCCCCUGCCCGAAGGGGCCCGGCAGGUCUACUCCAUGGCCUGCGGAUAG